AUGAUUCUGGUCAUACACCAAGUUCGUAACAUGAUUCUGGUCAUACACCAAGUUCGUACCAUGAUUCUGGUCAUACACCAAGAUGUCUAUGAGCAACCUGACAAUCAGCCUCCUCCCCCACCACGUAGUGGGAGACGGGCUGUGGCUCCCCCAUCAUCAAAAAAUACCGCUGGUACUCGUAGACCCGCAGAGAUACCAGUAAAUCAGCAGGAGGAAUAUUAUGAAGAUCCAAGUGAAUUACCUGAGGCUCCUAAACCUCCAAUUGAUGAUCAGCCGACAUAUGAGGACAUGGGUGAGGAAGAACAGCGCAACCAGAAAAAUAAUAAGCAUAAAGCACUGCCAAAUCGGCCUGGAGGAAAAAGCAAGCCUUUUACUUCAGCUUCAAGGGGUCGCAUGGCAACACCUGAUGAAGACAGUGAUGUAGAUGACUAUGAAAAACCGAAUCAACCUACUGCUCCAAUCCCAAAAAGAUUUCCUUCCCAGGGAAAGGGAUCUUAUCCCCCAGAACCAUCGCCAAGGGAAGACCUGCCUGGAUAUAUGGACAUGCAGACAACAGAAUCCAAGGACCUUAUUGAAGAUGAUAUCUAUGUUGUACCUGAAGAGGAAGAAGAGAAAAAGAAACCCUCAAAAGCAGCAGCUCCUCCCCCUGUGAACCGGGGAAAAAGAGAUCUUCCCAAAACACCAGCCAGCUCAGCACCACAAUUCAGGUUACCACCCCGACAACAGGAUUCUUCAUCUCUUCCAAAGCCAAACAAAAAGGAGCUUAAAAAGGAACCAGUAGUAGAAAAGACUCCACACAGGGGCCUGCCCCCACCCCCUAAAGGAGGAGGUCGCCCCCUUCCAACAGUUCCUCAAACCAGUGACCAGUUUGAAGAUGAAGAUGAUGAAUUGGAGGAGGACUUAAACUCUUAUGAUUGGUAUAGAGGGACCCUGACACGACAAGAAGGUGACACAAAACUUAAACAGAACCAUCAAAAUGGUAUGUUUGCCAUAAGAGAUUCCAGUAAGAAAGCAGCAGAUGGUGACCCUCGACCUUAUACACUCAUGAUAUUUAAUGAUAACAAAGUGUACAACCUCCCUAUACGGAAACGUGUGGCAGAUGGACACUAUGCCAUGGGUAAUCCGAAACCUAGAGAAGAGACAUUUCCAAAACUAGCUGACUUGGUGGCUUUCUUCUCCAAGAGAAUGAUUGUGUUAGCUGGGAGUGGACAAACUCAUCUUAAGAUGCCUUUACCAUAGUAUAGACCUACCAUGAAAUGCCAAAUUGGAAUUUAGUGGAUCUUGAAGUGAUGUUCUGUGGACCAUAAAGCUCAACAAUAGACCAUGUAUUGACAUUCAGUGGACCAUAAACCUUGGUUCAUGGGGCCUUGUAGACAUGCUCCAUGACCUCAGGUCUCGAUUCAUUGGACCUUGUGGUGAUCAUUAGACCCUAUAGUGAUGUUCAGUGGACCAUAAACCUUGGUUCAUGGGGCCUUGUAGACAUGCUCCAUGACCUCAGGUCUCAAUUCAUUGGACCUUGUGGUGAUCAUUAGACCCUGUAGUGAUGUUCAGUGGACCAUAAACCUUGGUUCAUGGGGCCUUGUAGACAUGCUCCAUGACCUCAGUUCUCGAUUCAUUGGACCUUGUGGUGAUCAUUAGACCCUGUAUUGAUGUUCAGUGGACCACUAACCUUGGAUCAUGGGGCCUUUUAGACAUGCUCCAUGACCUCAAGUCUCGAUUCAUUGGACCUUGUGGUGAUCAUUAGACCCUGUAGUGACAUUCAGUGGAUCAUAAAGCUGCAGUUUGUCAGACCUUGUGGUGACAUUCUAUGGACUUCAAAAUGAUGCUCAAUGAACCAUGGAUAAAUGCAGCUCGUUUUGACCGUAAACAGAACAUUACAAUGGAACAUAGAUCAAUACUACAUUAAAAAAUGUCAAGACAUUCACUACACUAUAUUAUGUUCAUUGUAACCACCUUUAAAGGAAUGAUAAAGUGAAGCUUCAUGUUGCAUAACAAGGUGGAAUUUAAUUUCACAAACUACGAGAAUAGUUUUGAUGUUACCGUAUCUGGAAUUUGGUUUUGCCCUGCCAGUGUCACUUGAAGUGUGACUAGUUGAUUCUGAAAGAAACCCAGCAGAAUGUUGGUACUGGCAUUGACAAUCCAUUUACCGAACCUAUGGGUGAUCAAGUCCAUCUACCCAUUGCACUGUCACUGUCUAAGGAAUUACCCUAUUAUAGAUGUGUCCUAGAGGUCACCCAUGUCAUGACCUAUGGAACGUCUUUAUCAUUAACAUCAGUCUGACUAAUAUCAUUUUGUGAUACUUUAUUUUAGCUGUUUGAUGGAUAAUGAAGUACGAGAUACACAUUUGAAUGUAAGUGAGAAAUGAUAUCCCAGUGGAAAAAAGGCAGUAUUGUACAUCAUUGUUACUAUAUAUAAUGCUUUCUGUGUACAUAUAUGUUACUGUUAAACAUGGAAAGUUAUGCAUGGAGGUGACGUACACUUGCUAUGAAUAAUGUGCUCAUUUCCACCAUUGCUGGUUCAGCUGUUUUAUGGUAAUUUAUGUACGUUGGUUUUAAUUUUAGAAUCUAUUCUUCUCAGCAAAUUAGUAUACAACAGGAAUGUCUCAAAACUGGGUCAUCAGCAACCACACAUGUUACACAUGAUACCCCCACCCUCCCUUAAGUGCUGUCUGAACUUAUUUUUCUGGGAAAUCAGCAUGGAUGUGCUUACCUCAUUUGAACCUUCCAUUAAAAUAUGUAGCCUUUCAACUUUCUAUAUAUUUAAGAAUAUGGUUACAAAUUUACAAAAAUGUAUCUUGUUCAAAGUAUAUUUUUUGUUAUCAUGGUUUUGUGUCAACACACAUCAUGUAGAAACUGUUCUCCCCUCCCCCACCAGCACACGCCUCCCCCACCAGUACACCCCUCCCAACCCCUCCCCUUUUUCUUCUGUAAGCCCAGAAAACUUUUUAGAUCAAUACUACAUAAUAAAUGACCUGUCUCGCUUUCAAUUCAACAAACUUCCUUAACCUAGAUGUAAAAUCUUCCACAUUCAGGUAUGAUUUUUUUCCAAACUAGAAACUGUCAAGUUCUUCAUUUAAUACCAAGUUGUUCAGCAUAUCAGAAAGUCUGUUGGAACACUUGUUAACAUUGCCUUUAUAAAUAGUACGUGAAAAAAGUCUUUCAAGUUAAAAUUUGUAUACAUGUAAGUAAAAAGAACAUACAUAGAUAUUUUAUAUAAUUUUUUGAAUGAUUUAACAUCAUUAUCAGUUAUGUGAGUUAUUGUUGUAUGGGACUUUUGGAUCCACUUUGGAGCUAGGCCAGAUAUACACAUGUAUUAUUAUAUUUUUAUACUGAAACAUUCCCAUUGUUAUGCAAAACUGAAGUAUAUAAAAUGUAUUCUGUUACAUAUUUUAAUUGUAUAAAUCUUCACAAUUUUAUGAAUGUUGUAUACAUUGUUACAUUUUACCAAAUCAUUUCAUUGUUUUAUGCUAAUGAGGUGUGUUUGUUGCCUGGGAGCCAGUAGAUGGCAGUGCCUGAAUAUGAUUAUUCUAAAUUGUAUUACCUACAUUCUGUUAGAUUCUGCUCUAAAACACUAAUUGUGAGCUCACUUAGGUGAAAAAUGAAUUACUUAAUCCAUUAAUCACACAAUCCUUUUCAUAAGGAUUCAGAAAUAUAUUUUUUACAUCAGAAAUACAGUGCCUUGAAUGAUAUUUUAGCAAUGUACAAUCUUACGUACUGUGUACUACAUUUUGUAUGCAUGAAUAAGUUAGUAUAUUUUACAUGACUGUAUAUCUGAAAAAUAAAAAAAGAAAUAAAUCAUUGGCAUGAUAUUCA